CAACCAUUCAUUCGCUUUAGCUCGUCGCGUAUACUGACAGGUAGAGCCGUUAUCUCUCAGACAGCUGAACUCCCCCCUCCUCCCCUCCCAGCAUGGCUGCAGACUCGAUGGAGAUUGACGACUCUCUUUACAGCCGCCAGCGAUAUGUGCUGGGAGACAGUGCUAUGCACCAGAUGGCCCAGUCCUCAGUCUUUCUCAGUGGAAUGGGAGGACUGGGAAUUGAGAUAGCAAAGAACAUUGUCCUGGCUGGUGUGAAGGCAGUCACCCUUCAUGACACAAAGCAGUGUGAAACCUGGGAUCUAGGCUCCAACUUCUUUAUCCGCAAAGAGGACGUGUUGAGUCAGAGGACAAGUACACCCACUUCAUCGACCACCACUACACCACCAUGCAAACUCUUUUACAGAGCACCCCAAAGAUGA